AUGUCGCCGGUGUGGUCGCUGGGCGCGGGGCUGCUGCUGCUGCUGCUGUGGGUGCGGCACCGGGGGCUGGAGGCCGUGCUGGUGCACCACCGCUGGGUCUUCGUCUGCCUCUUCCUCCUGCCGCUCUCCAUCCUCUUCGACGUCUACUACCAGCUGCGCGCCUGGGCCGUCUGGCGCCUCCACAGCGCCCCGCGGCUGCACGCCCAGCGCGUCCGCCACAUCCAAGCGCAGGUUCGGGAAUGGAAGAACGAAGGCAGCAAAAGAUACAUGUGCACUGGCCGGCCUGGCUGGUUGACUGUAUCACUUCGUGUUGGGAAGUAUAAGAAGAUUCAUAAGAACAUCAUGAUCAACUUAAUGGAUGUUCUGGAAGUGGACAGUGAAAGACAGGUUGUUCGUGUGGAACCUUUGGUGACCAUGGGCCAGUUGACUGCACACCUGAAUCCCAUGGGCUGGACUAUUCCUGUGGUACCAGAGCUUGAUGAUCUUACAGUUGGUGGCCUGAUCAUGGGAACUGGCAUUGAGUCUUCAUCCCAUAUCUAUGGACUUUUUCAACACACCUGUGUGGCCUAUGAACUUGUUCUUGCUGAUGGAAGCCUUGUGAGAUGUUCACCAACUGAAAAUUCAGACCUAUUUUAUGCAGUGCCUUGGUCUUGUGGUACUCUGGGUUUCCUGGUUGCAGCAGAAAUAAAAAUGAUUCCUGCCAAGAAAUAUGUCAAAAUACAUUAUGAGCCUGUGAGAGGACUGCAGAAGAUUUGUGAAAAGUUUACUGAAGAAUCUAAGAAAAAGGAGAAUAGUUUUGUGGAAGGACUUGUGUAUUCUUUGGAAGAAGCAGUCAUCAUGACAGGAGUCUUGACUGAUGAAGCUGAGCAAAGCAAGAUAAACAGAAUUGGCAACUACUACAAGCCAUGGUUCUUUAAGCAUGUGGAAAAGUAUUUGAAAGCUGACAGGACUGGAAUAGAAUACAUUCCCUCAAGACAUUAUUACCAUAGACAUACACGCAGUAUCUUCUGGGAGCUCCAAGAUAUCAUUCCUUUUGGCAAUAACCCCAUUUUCCGUUACCUGUUUGGCUGGAUGGUUCCUCCAAAAAUCUCUUUGUUAAAACUCACCCAAGGAGAAGCUAUUCGAAAGCUGUACGAGCAACACCAUGUUGUACAGGACAUGUUGGUGCCAAUGAAGAGCCUUGAGAAAUCUAUCCAAACCUUCCAUGCUGACCUUAAUGUGUACCCUCUUUGGUUAUGUCCUUUCAUACUGCCCAAUAAUCCUGGUAUGGUCCACCCAAAAGGGGAUGAAGCAGAACUCUACGUGGAUAUAGGAGCUUAUGGAGAGCCCAAAAGGAAACAAUUUGAAGCCAGGGCUUCAAUGAGGCAAAUGGAGAAGUUUGUAAGAAGUGUGCAUGGUUUCCAGAUGCUGUACGCAGAUUGCUAUAUGACCCGUGAGGAGUUCUGGGAUAUGUUUGAUGGUUCGUUAUACCACAAGCUGAGGGAGCAAAUGAAUUGCAAGGAUGCCUUUCCAGAAGUGUAUGACAAAAUCUGCAAAGCUGCGAGGCACUGAGCCUGGAUGAUGUAAUCAAGCAAUCAGGGAAAGAUGAAUUUACCUAUAGCUAGUCAGUAUAUCCUUUAAAAAAAAAAAGCUUUAUUGCUCUCCAAAUAAGCUUAUUCUUGUUGAUGUUUAAAGGUAUAAAUUCCUGCUUUAUAAAUUUAUGUUUAGUAUUUCUUCGUAUGUUUUAAAACCAAUUUUCCAAAUACAAAGUGAUUGUUUUUAAGAAAUCUUAAGUGCUAGCUUUUAUCUAAUGUAGUGACAUAGGUGAACUCACCUAUUUCCAAGCAUAAGAAAAAUAAUCGGACAGGAUGAAGAUACUGGAGUUAUACCAGCCGUAUACUGUAGCUAUAUUUAACAUUACUUUUGAAAAUGGUAGGGAGGGCUCAGAAAUAGGUGCCAAAGCUGAACGCAUUGUCAAAUUAAUCAUGAUGUUAAAAACAUUUGCCUCCAGUCGGUAACCUGUAGGACAGCUUAGCGAUGGUACCAUAAUCUUCCGGCUGUACAGCGCUGCAUGAUGUGGUGUGGUACUAUACUGCUUGGGUUAUACCGUACCAUAAUCUCAGCAGAGCAGUUAAACUCCCUAACAGUGGCUUCAGUUUCAAAACUGAGCAUUGAGGUGUGAAGAAAAGGCUUUUUACUUGUGCCUAUCAUCAGAUCUGAACUGAUUUUGAUUAUAAAGUGUAAGCGGAUGUAGGUUUUAGGUACUUUGUAAUUGGCUAACAGUGCAUUGGUUUUUUGCCCCAGAAUAUAAAUGUUCUGGCUUCGUAGACUACUGAAAAAAUUGCUGCUAUUUCAUGUAGCCAAGUUUUCAUUUCAGUUUUUACUCAUUGUGGGUCAGUUUAUUUGGAUUUUUUUGGUUUUGUUUUUGGGGGUUUUUUUGCGGGGUUUUGGUUGUUGCUUAAUUUUAGUGCCUUAUAAAUACUCAGUUGGAGGAAGACGUGGGUUAUUUCAGACCGUUCUCUCCUGGCCGGUAGGAAAAGGAAGUCAAGGCUUUAUUUAUACGAGGUUUGUUAGAGCAAGUGGCUGUGGAUAAGAAGAACUCUUGUUGUGAAUCCUGAUACACACAGGCUUUGGUUCUGACUCGAGUGACAUUUUUGCUUUUCGUUUUAGCGGGAUUAGAUUGAUAGGCUUUGUAAAAGGACUGUUUCAGUCACCUGGAGAGGACGUCAACAGCAAGUACUGUUCAGUUCCCCUCCUGCUGCUCGCUGGUGAAAAUGGCAGAGUCACGCACUUCAUACAGUCAGGCGUAGAAGUGUGGAAAUGUUUUGACGCUGUAGCCAGAAACACGGUUCCAAACCAAGCCCGUGUCUUGUCCAAGCGGUUCUUUAAAUUGUUACUUGACACCUUACUGAGCUUGAGGGAAAAGAAAGUAGUUUUCUUGAGCCUUGCGUAGGGGGUAACACGAAGAACUUUUUCAACAGUUACCAGUGGGAGGCGUUGUAAUUUUUAUAUGAGUGCUAAACCAAUGAUUUUAUUUAUUGAUAGAUGGAUGUUUAUGGUCCAGAUGAAACCAAUGAUAAAGCAGUAACAAGAAUAAGCUUGGCCUGUUACUCAGUGAUGCACGCUGGGCAAAUUGUGUGCAAAUAAGGUACCCCUUAAAAUCCCGCGCAGGGGACUGGGAGCAGGGGCAGCCUGCCAAGGGGGAGACACAGCCAAUGCAGAGCACCUACAGGGCUGCCCACGGCACGGAGCCGGGCAGGAGGUGAAGCUGCGUCAGUGAUCCGGGAGCGUCUGCUACGCUGUUCCAGGCUUCGGGGUACACAGGAAGGCUAACGCUGAUUCUCAGGGUGUACCCUGCCUUCCUGCCCCUGUGAGGGAAGCGGCACCAGAGCCAUUUCCUUGUCCCUGGGGCAAAGCUACGAUUUAGCCCAGUGCUUGGAAGAUAACCUGCACGGGGCAAGAAUGGGUUUGGUUAGCUUUUAACGGGCGAUGUUAAAACAGCUAGAGGAUGUGCAAAUACUUUUACUUAGGCUGUGUUUCUCUCACUUCUAUACUGAUGAUCUUUAGGUAUGCACUGUGUUUGUUUUUUCACUCCUUAAUUUAUUGGCAAACUUUGUAUGACGUGAUUGGGUACUGUAGCUGUAUCAGUCACACACAUACACAUGCAUAAUUGCUGUUGCUCUUAAUUUUUGAUUGUACGGGCUGUUUAAAAUAAAGAUCUAGCCAGCG